CAUAUUCGAAUACUCGAAUAGGUGAAUGGACUAGAUUGCAUCCAAGAGCCCGGCACGGCUAACGACGAUGGGCUAAAAAUACUCGGGCAAAGAGCGAAGAAGACGAGGAUACGUUUGUGAGUUAGAAAAUUACGGUGACGAGGAAAUGUCAUGUUGUCGCUACGAUUCACCAGACCAAUAACCCUAUAAACGUACGCCGCGGGCGCAUUGAACUUGACUGUGCUAAAACAUGCUCCACAUUACGUACUAUCACUUUGUUCCUUGUGCAGUUAUUAGUUUUGCCGGGAGUAGCUAUUGCCCACUAUUUCCACGGGAGCUAAUACUUUUGGACGAACAUUGGAUAAAUACCGUUUUCUCCCAUAAGACUUUACUACUAUCGUCAAUCGAGGUGCGCGCCACGUGAUGAGCCUAGUCAGUCUUCUGGCGACGACGACCCUAAUUACCUUGGCUAAUUCGACGCCGAUGAUUUAUACCACCAAUCAGAGAGCUAAGAUACCCGUCGAUUAUGAUCAUCUACUACUCAUGUUACUACUGAAUCACCAGGAUUUCGGACAGAAGACGAAGCCGCUGGAGCCGAGGACCCUGGAGUCUCUGUAUGGUCGCGAGAAGAGGAUCGGCUCCCUGUCGAUCGUGAACUCGGUGGACGUGUUACGGGAGCGGGUGCUCCUGGAAUUGGCGCGUCGCAAGGCGAUGGAGGACCAGCGCCAGAUAAGCGAGAAUCGCCGACUUCUGGACUCGGUGGGCAAGCGCUCGGGUCCGGGGCCGCGGGAGCUCGGCUACCGGAGUCCCGGUGACCCGAGGAAGACAAGCCCGGGUAGCGGCUGCGAGGACGAGGGUCGGGAGAGACUCGAUCGGACAAUGGCCCAGGAGUUCUUGGUUGGGAGGGUGUAGGCGCGAGCUCACCUACCUCCUUAACGUCCAAUUCGACUAGUCGAUUAUCAUUUAGAGUGCAUGGGGGCCACGUGCCAACCUGGGCAGAGGUCAAGCUUUUCAUUUAUAUGCUUUGCCGCUGCUUGUUGUGCGAUUGGCUAGAGCACGGGCAUGUAAAAGCGGGGAUAAGGGAUUUGAAGGCGAGCGCUUUUGAAUUAACCAAGUGAAUACUUGGAGAUCCCGUCGGGCCUGGAAUUCACAACGCUAUGCGUAUUUAUAUACCUUUGGUUAAAAUAGUUGGUGGUAGUCAUUUUGUAAGGAACGCUAAUUGGUAAUAAAAUGUAGUUUAUUGGAAAUUAGUACAAUUGUGAAAAUUUUUUCGUCGUAUA